ACUUACUUAGAGCCUUUGACGACUUUAGUUUUACGUGGAGAAAAGGCACUCCUGUUAGAGGCUGGUAGUCCAUUCCGCCAACCAUUAUUAAAGUUUUUAUUACGUUAUCCAACACAAACAGUUGAACUAUUUCUCUCAGAAGCUGCAUUGAAAGAUCAACAAUGGACCAGAUUCUUAGAGUUUAUGAUCAAACAUAAAGAUGGUGGUUCUAUAAGACAGGUUUUAAAGUCAAAUUCAACAAGAUUGAUUAAUGUAACCAGUGGACAAAUACCAGUAAGAAACCCAUCUUUAAGACUCUUCCUUGUUGCAUUUGCUAUGGUUUUUGUUACUAUUAAAGUUAUAAUGAUAUUUUUAUUUCAGUACAUGGUAGAGAGAAUUCAUAAUAAUUAUGCUUUACAAAUCGUAGCCAAUUCCUUCUUAGCUAAUUCUACUACAUCUGCUACAUUUGCCACUAUCUUGGACUCCAUGGAUUUCAAACACUGGAAAGAACCAGCUUUAUUAGUCAAAUGUUUACUGACAUUUUUCAAAUAUAAUACCAAUGAAAUAGAGUUACUAUUCAACAUUCUUAGAUGUUUCACACAUCGCUAUAUACCACAGUUUCAAUUUGUUAAAGAUUUCCUUGAUAAGACUGUUACAAAAUAUGAUGUAGAAUGGAAACGAAAUGCAUUCUUCAAGUUUGUUUAUGUUUUUCAUCUUCAAACAUGGCCUCAAGAUUUAAAAGCGAAGAUAUUACAGAUGAUAUUGAUACCAAGUUUCCAAGCUUCGUUUGAGAAUGGUGAUGGUGAUAAGUUGAUAGGGGGUCCACCUGCUCCUGAACAGGACAACGAAGAGAAUAUCAUCAGUGUGUUUAUAAAUAGAAUUAUUGACCCUGAUAACCCCUUUGCCACGUCUGACGCUGUUCGGAUCCUACUCUUACAGUUCUCAUCAUUACUGGUUGAACAAGCUUCACCACAUAUUCAUGAUGCUGCUAAUAAAAAACAAGGAAACAAGUUAAGAAGACUGAUGACGUUUGCCUGGCCAUGUCUUGUUACUAGGGGUUGUGUAGAUCCGGCUACCAAAUAUCAUGGCCAUUUAUUGUUAGCUCAUAUUAUAGCUAAAUUUGCUAUACACAAACGUAUUGUAUUACAAGUAUUUCAUAGUUUAUUGAAAGCACAUGCUCUAGAAGCUAAAUCAGUAGUAAGACAAGCAUUAGAGAUUAUAACACCAGCUAUGCCUGGUAGAAUGGAAGAUGGUAAUGGUAAGCUUACCCACUGGACUAAGAAAAUUAUUGUAGAGGAAGGCCAUAGUCUUGGUCAACUAGUACAUAUUCUCCAUCUUGUUGUACGUCAUUAUAAAGUAUACUAUCCUGUCCGACACCAUUUGAUACAACACAUGGUCAACUCAUUACAACGCUUGGGUUUUUCAACUACGUCCUCUAUUGAAUAUCGUAAGUUAGCUGUGGAUUUAGCUGAAGUUAUUAUAAAAUGGGAACUACAGAGGAUUAAAGAAGAACAAGAAACAAAUGAGACGGGUGAUAUUGAUGUGACACAAACAGUGAUAAUCAACCAAUCAGUUAAACGUACAGCAUCAGUAGAUUCACCACAGGAUCCUAAACGAGCACGUCAUACAUCUGGUAUAGCUGACAGUCCUCAUGUAAGAUAUCUCUUUAGAAGUCAACGUUCAUCUUCAGAUUUGAAUAAACCAAUAGAUAAAAUAUAUUGUGAUGGCGUGGUCAAUUUCUUACUGCGUAUAGCUUGUCAAGUCAACGAGGCCUCCGUGACUAUAGGUUCGGCUGGUGAAUUGUUAUCCAAGAGGUGUAUACAAUAUCUGAAAAAUGUUUUACGCCCGGAAGUCUGGCCUAACGUGGAUCUAAAAUUGAAUUGGUUCGACAAAUUGUUAACCACUGUAGAAAAUCAACAACCUAAUUUCGCCAAUAUUUGUACAGCUUUGGAACUAUUAACUUUUCUACUCUCUAUAUUGAAAAAAGAAACCAUAUUAUCAAGUUUUAAACCAUUACAAAGAGGAAUAGCAGCCUGUAUGACCUGUCCUAAUUCUAAAGUGAUUCGUGCUGUACAUAGUUUACUUUCACGUCUGAUGAGUCAUUUCCCUACCGAGCCAGUCACAUCUAAUGUAGCUUCCAAAUAUGAUGAACUGGAAUGUUUAUAUGGUUGUGUAUGUAAGGUGGUGUACGAAGGGUUAACUAAUUAUGAAAAACAGUCCAGUGGUCUACCAUCACAGUUAUUCAGUACAUUGAUGAUAUUGAAAGCUGCCUGCCUGCAUAACCAGUGUUACAUUGAUAGAUUGAUCACUACUUUUAUGAAAGUUCUUCACAAAAUGGCCAGAGAACAUUUAACUCCAUCUACUCCAGAAACAAGUCCCGCCAGUGAACUGUUGAUACUAAGUUUAGAUUUAGUGAAGAAUCGUGUUGGUGUUAUGAGUAUUGAAAUGAGGAAGAGUUUCAUUGGUCAGAUAUUGGUUGGUCUGAUUGAAAAAACACCAGAUGCUAAAGUUGUCAAAGCUAUUACCAAAAUGGUGGAAGAUUGGAUCAAAAUUAAGACACAGAUUCAGAUCAACCAAUCACCAUCAAUAAGAGAAAAAGCUAUUUUACUGAUGAAACUGAUGCAGAACGUAGAAAAAAGAUUCCCUGAUGAUUCUGAUUUAAACGGACAGUUCUUAGACCUAGUCAACUAUAUAUACAGAGAUGAAACAUUAAGUGGUAGUGAGUUAACAUCUAAGCUAGAAUCAGCAUUUUUAGCAGGUUUAAGAUGUAACCAGCCUGCCAUUAGACAGAAAUUUGUUGAGGUUUUUGAGAACAGUAUGCCAAGAAAGAUUUUUGAUAGAUUGUUAUAUAUAACUUGUUCACAGAAUUGGGAGGCCAUGGGAUCACACUUCUGGCUCAAACAAUGUAUUGAGUUAUUGAUAUCAGUAGCAGUAAAUGGUUUAUCAAUACAAUCCUCAUCACCUAUGAAUCUGUUACCGUCUGCUAAUUCUGUAGUCAAUAUGGCCGACAGUCAGGAUAGAGCUAUAUUUGCCAAUAUAACACAUUUAAAAGAAGAACCAAUGGAUGUAGAGUCAGUUGAUUCUAAUAAAGAGGAGGAUGAUAUUGACAUGGAGCUGACUGGUGUAUCCUCAGAUGAAGUAUUAAAUAAAGAAAACGAUAAGAAAGAAUAUGGUGACCCUAAACAGUCUUUACAAACUCAAUUACAACGUCAAGCUAAAUUUCUAGAAAAUUGUCGUGAAGUUAAGACAUUACAGUAUCUGAAUGCGUUGUCUCAACUCUGUCACCAAAAUACGCAAUUAUCACACAUCACCUGGUUAGAAUUGUUCCCUCGUAUCUGGAAGAUAUUAACAGAAAAACAACAGCAGACUUUAAGCAGUGAAUUGGUAGCAUUUCUGUGUAGUGGAAGUCAUGGUGUUCAGAAGGAAUGUCAACCAAGUUCAGUUCAUACAUUUGUUGAAGGUUUAUCAUCUUGUGUUCCUACAAUAUCUAUUAGACCAUGUGUUUUAAAGUAUUUGGGGAAAACUCAUAAUUUAUGGCACAGAGCCUGUUUACAAUUAGAACAGAUGACAAUAGAAAAUGGACCAUUAACACAGAUAAAAACUAGACCAGUUAGUGAAUACGAGUUUGAACCAACUUCCAAUCAGCAUCAGGUAUAUUUUAAUAGUUCUUCUCUCAGUCAAUCUCAGGGAGCUGUGGUAGCUCAGGAGAAGCCAGCAUUAAAAUAUAAACAAGUGUUUACUCUUAUUUUGACCUUUCUUUCACUCAGUGGAAUUCUGCUGGCUAUGGGUAAAGCCAGACAAGAUUUAAACUCUAACCCGCUAUCACCCGGUGUGGUACCAGAGUUCAGAUUAUGGGAAGAACAAUGGAUUAAAUGUUCCAAGGAAUUAAACCAGUGGAAUCAUCUAUUGGAAUAUUCCAAAUCUAAAGAGAACAAUAAUCCACAUCUGGUUCUAGAAUGUGCUUGGAGAGUUCCAGAUUGGAAUCUAAUGAAAACAGCCCAUGCCAAGGUGGAGUUAACCUGUCCUAAAGAUAUGAUAUGGAAAGUGAAUCUAUACAGAGGUUACAUAGCUAUCUGUCAUCCCGAAGAUAACCACAUCAAUAUGAUUGAACGUUUGGUAGAGUUUGCCAGUAAUUAUGCUAUUAAAGAAUGGAGAAGAUUACCUAGUGUUGUUUCUAAUAUACACAUACCAUUACUACAAGCAGCUCAACAGAUAAUGGAAUUGCAGGAAGCAGCACAGAUUAAUCAGGGUUUACAGCCUGGCAAUAUAACUCGUAGUUCUAGUGUACAUGAUAUGAAAGCUAUAGUCAAAACAUGGAAGAAUCGAUUACCAAUGAUAUCAGAUGACAUCUCUCAUUGGAGUGACAUAUUUACCUGGCGCCAGCAUCAUUUCCAGUUUAUUAAGAAUCAUUAUGAUACCAAUCCUACACCAGACACAAGUAUCGGUGCCAGUAGUAACAGUAUGUUGGGUAUACACGCCUCAGCUCAAGCUAUCAUACAUUUUGGUAAAAUAGCUAGGAAAAAUGGACUUACUGGCGUAUGUUUGGAUACAUUGAAUAGAAUUCAUACUAUACCUAGUGUACCAAUAGUGGAUUGUUUCCAAAAAAUUCGUCAACAAGUGAAAUGUUAUCUACAAAUGGCCGGUGUAAUGGGAAAGAGUGAAUUACAAGAGGGUUUAGAAGUUAUAGAGUCAACCAAUCUCAGAUAUUUCACUAAAGAAAUGCAGGCUGAAUUUUAUGCUUUGAAAGGAAUGUUUUUAGCUCAGAUCAACAGGUCAGAUGAUGCUAAUAAAGCGUUCUCUUCUGCUGUACAGAUGCACGAUACAUUAGUCAGAGCCUGGGCUUUGUGGGGAGAUUAUUUAGAAAAUAUUUUCUCCAGAGACAAGAAUAUACAGCAAGGAGAGUAUGCUAUAACCUGCUAUUUACAUGCCUGUCGACACCAGAAUGAAGGCAAAUCCAGGAAGUAUUUAGCCCGUGUAUUGUGGUUGCUGACCUAUGAUGAUGAAAAAUUAACAUUAGCUACUGCUGUAGAUAAACACUGUGUUGGUGUACCCGCUAUACAGUGGUUACCAUGGAUACCACAGUUACUAACAUGUUUAGUAAGAAAUGAAGGAAGGUUGAUUAUGAAUUUAUUAAGUCAAGUUGGUAGAAUGUAUCCACAAGCUGUUUAUUUCCCAAUAAGAACAUUAUAUUUAACAUUGAAGAUUGAACAACGUGAACGAUGUGAUAAUGUAUCAUCUGAUGGUGGACCAAUAAAAGCGCCAGCACCAAUGUGGAGAUGUAGUAAAAUCAUGCAUAUGCAGAGAGAUAUGCAUCCCACAAUAUUGUCAUCCUUAGAGGGCAUAGUUGAUCAGAUGGUGUGGUUCAGAGAAAAUUGGUAUGAAGAAGUUUUACGCCAGCUACGCCAAGGACUAGCCAAAUGUCAUGCUGUAGCUUUUGAAAACAGAACAGCAGUAACUGAUGCUACUAUUACACCUCACACGUUAAAUUUUGUCAAGAAAUUAGUCAGUACAUUUGGUGUUGGCAUCGAGAAUGUUUCUAGUGUUUCCUCAACCUUCUCUAGUGCUGCUUCAGAAUCACUAGCUCGUAGAGCUCAAGCAACCGCCCAGGAUCCAGUCUUUCAAAAGAUGAAAAGCCAGUUUACCACAGAUUUUGAUUUCAAUGUACCUGGAUCUAAAAAACUUCAUAAUUUGAUCAACAAAUUGAAGAAAUGGAUCAAAAUUCUUGAGGCUAAAACCAAAUUAUUACCAAAGUCAUUCCUUAUUGAAGAAAAAUGCCGAUUUUUGAGUAAUUUUUCACUAAGUUUGGUGGAGGUGGAAUUACCAGGAGAGUUUCUUUUACCCAAGCAUAGUCAUUAUUAUGUGAGAAUAGCAAGGUUCAUGCCGCGUGUGGAAAUAGUGCAGAAACAUAAUACAGCAGCUAGAAGAUUAUAUAUUAGAGGCCAUAAUGGCAAGAUCUACCCAUACCUAGUAGUAAAUGAUGCCUGUUUAACAGAAUCAAGAAGAGAAGAGAGAGUGUUACAAUUAUUACGAAUGUUAAACCAUUUCCUGAUGAAGCAAAAGGAAACUUGUCGUAGAUUGUUAUACAUCACUGUACCCAGAGUUAUAGCUGUUUCACCACAGAUGAGAUUAGUAGAAGAUAAUCCUGCUUCAAUAUCAUUACUAGAUAUAUAUAAAUCAAGAUGUAGAGCUACAGAGCAUGAUGCUCCUAUAGCUAGAUAUUACGAACGGUUAGCUACAGUCCAAGCACGUGGGUCACAAGCUAGUCACCAAGUACUGCGAGAUGUACUCAAAGAUGUACAAAAUAAUAUGGUACCAAAAGGACUAUUUAAAGAAUGGGCUCUACAUACUUUCCUAAACGCUACCGAUUAUUGGACUUUUAGAAAAACGAUGACGAUACAGUUAGCGUUAAUGGGAUUUUCAGAAUUUAUAUUGUAUUUAUCCAGAAUGAAUCCAGAUAUGAUGUAUUUACACCAAGAUUGCGGCUUUUUAAAUAUUUCCUAUUUCAAAUUUGAUUUAGAUGAUCAUACAGGUGAACUGGAUGCUAACAGACCAGUACCUUUCCGUUUGACACCAAAUAUAACAGAAUUUAUUACUACGAUGGGUGUUAAUGGACCACUUACAGCAUGUAUGGUAGCUAUAGCCAGAUGUUUUGUCCAACCACAGUAUAAAUUACCCAGUUUUCUCCGGGCUAUUUUACGAGAUGAAUUCAUAACUUGGCACAAAAAGAGAGAAGAAGAAACCAAUGCUGGUGUAGAACCAGUUGAUAUGGAAGGUAGUCAGCUGAUAACUAUGGUCAAUAAAGCUGUUCAAGCCAUCACAACAAGGUUACAAAACCUAGCAACAUUUGAUGGUGCAGAAAGUCGUGUUAGUACAUUAGUAGCAGCUGCAGUAAGUCAUGAUAAUUUAUGCCGUAUGGAUCCAGCUUGGCACCCUUGGCUAUAG